AAACGACGAGAGAGUGGGAUGCUAGGUAGAUCGAUGAAACGAAACGUUGCUUGCGACUGUGAGUCGAAGACGUACCGCUAAUGUUACGUACGACUAUCUGCCGACGAAAGUGGUGGAGUGUUCUUUUGUCUUUUACGUUGAACAUACAAAUUUGAAAAACACGAUACCACGUAUCGUUAUUAGUAUAAAGAGACUUGGCAUAUUGCUUGAACAAACAAGUAUCAUUUCUGAUCAAGAUUUUGUCAUGGAGAGGACAAAAGAUGCCGAUUGUGUGGGCCUCGCGCAUAUUGAUGCAGUUGAUAAUCCCGUUGAUCUCUUCAAAAUGUGGCGUGACGAAGUGAUAAAAUUCCACAAAGGAAUAAUAGACGUUUGUUGUUUGGCGACGCUUUCGAAGGAUUUGAAGAUUAGUUCAAGAAAUUUAGUACUACGUGAAUUUGAUAACGACGGUUUUGUCAUCACGACCGAUUCGCGUAGUCGAAAAGUCGACGAUGUGGAGCACAAUCCAUAUACUGCCAUGUGUUUCUUUUGGGACUAUACAAAUGACAAGCAACAUAAAGUUCAGCGACAGGUGAGGAUAGAAGGGACGAUGAAGAAACUAGAAAAACCGGCUUAUGAACAUAUAUAUGAGAGGGAGCCAUUGUACCAUAAAAUUCGAUCCUAUCUGUGUCAUCAGGACCAACCAGCCGACUGGGACGAUUUGAAUCGACGGUAUAGUGAAAUGACAGAAGCAAUUAAGAAUGGAGAAAAUCUAACAAUGCCGGAUCACUACGUGGCUUAUAAAUUAGCACCCGAGAUGAUGGAAUUUUGGUAUGCCUGGGAUGGGCUAAUUGCCGAUCGAAUACGUUUCGAGAAAAAUAAUUCGACCGGACGUUGGAAACAUCAGAGAAUAGCAGCGUAAUCUUAUCUUCCUAUCGUGACAAUGGAAAGAUAGAAUGCAAAUCGCAUUCUAUCUUUCCAUUGUCACGAGUACUAUUUGGCUAGAAUCUCUAUCAUGAUUAUUUGGAUAAGAUACGUAACAAACGAAAGAUUUGUGAUAUCUAGAGAAUCCUGAACUGAUCAAAAGCAGAAAGAUACUGUUGUUGCACAAAAAGAUAUUGUUCCUUCUAAAUUCUUCAGGAAAGAUUCUAGUAUUUACUCUUGUAUUCCUAAAUAUAACCUUUCGAAAUAUUAAAAAAUA